AUGGCGCCCAAGAAGAAGAAGUCCAGCCCUUUGGCCCAGCCAUCCACCUCGAAGGCUCCGCCACCUGCAGCCUCAAACGCCGCGGGGGAUGCGGGGACGGACGAGGACGUGAGCGCUGCUGGGGGUGUGGCAGGAACAGGUGGCGCCAUCACCACUCCCCCUAAAGUCGACACAGGGGCUGAAGGCGUCGGAGGAGAACAACUUCAGCAACGUUUCGACGGUCAAGCUCCACAAGGUUCGGACGGGAGGGUGACUCCGCUUGCACCCCCUCCUCCCACCGGCGGGCGCAGCCACAGCAACGGCGCUCGGUCCGGGGUGAGCCACCGCCCUCCGGCCGUCCCUACUACGGGGGCAGUCGCGGCGCGUGUGUCUCCUCCCGGGUGCGCCGACCCAACCACUGCACCCGACGGAACCGCGGACCCUCGAGCGCCAUCACCGCGCGACCCCGCUGCCCAGGUGGCCGCCCCACCGCAGUGCGGGCACGCCACCGCCGCCGCCGCGGGCACCGUUAGGAGCUAG